AUGUUUCUCACAUCGCGUUUUGCCAUAUUCGAUUCUUUGGGUGAUGAUCAGCAACCAAUGGUCAUAUUCAUUGCUCUAGUCGGCGAGGCUCUUACCAAUGCGAUGAACACGGUUCACUGCGACUCUCGGCCACCGACACCGUUGUCUUGGUCUAUGGUACUGGUAGAGGAUUACCGACACAAAGUGCGAGAGUCGAUGCUUCAAUGCAAUUGGUGUCCCUUCACUAUCGAGUAUUUCCUCAAUACUAAAUCCGUCUCUUGUGUAAAGUACGUUAGUGAACAUAGUCCACCGUCGGAUGGAAAAGAUCACGCUACAUGUCAGCGAAUUAAGUGUGUGGCGAACCGAGUCGACGAAAGCACCUACACUCAACAGCACACUCGGUCCUGCAAGGAGUCCGCUUCAAAGGGCUGCAAAUUUGGAAAGCCUGCCCUUGGUCAAGUCGAAAACCUCAUUUCUCGGAACCAAGUCCCCGUCAUUCGCAUAGCCAGCAGGUCUGAGGACGCUUUGGGGGGCUUGGAGGUACUCAAAUCAUCAGACUUGGCUUACGUAGCUAUCUCCCACGUCUGGGCUGAUGGACUUGGGAGCAAUACUGAGACUGGACUCCCCACUUGUCAAUUAGCCCGACUGGCAGCCAUGGUAUUCAAGUCAAACCCAGAAGGGGCAUUCUGGAUUGACAGCUUAUGCAUUCCCCAAGCAAGGGAGCACCGUAAGAAAGCCAUAAGGAUGAUGGCACGCACCUAUAAGGAAGCAAAUGCUGUACUGGUUCUGGACAGCGGCCUGCAGCGUUGUUUGUCAUCAGAUCCGGAGGCUUCAAGGCUGCUAUACGUCUUGACCUCUGGUUGGAUGGGUCGACUUUGGACACUGCAAGAAGCUGUAUUAGCUGAAAAGGUAUUAUUUUGCUUCGCCGACGCCCUCGUACCAUUGAGAGACUUGAUUCCAAACAGGGAGAACUUGGAACUAUAUCCAUAUAUGGGGGAUAUGGCGGCAGAGAUUUUCCGUUUAAUCAAGCAGAGUCAGUACAAAGAUCUCAAGAUCGGCGAUGUUUCCCGAUCGCUUCGCUGGAGAGACACCAGCAGGGCCUCAGACGAGACACUGGCAAUCGCGAGCUUACUGGGUGUAGAUCUUGGGAUCGUCCUAGAACUACCAGCCCAGGAUCGUAUGAUAAGGCUAUUCAAAGAGCUAAGGGAGGUUCCAAGAAACAUUGUUUUUCUUGGAGGAGACAAGACAGAUGUACCGGGCUAUCGAUGGGCCCCAAAGUCGUUUAUGGGGGCUCAUGGGGGAAGUCUUGGGGGGCGAGAUCUCUCAACAUAUGAAAACGACGGAGUCUGCACCCCUUCUGGCCUUGAAGCCACAUACAUGUCCUUUUAUUUCCGCAAACAAACGCUGCAGGCCAGGAGCUCCUGGAAAUUGUGGCAUACAGAGACCAGAAGGAGUUUUGAAGUACGCGGCCUGUCAGAUUCGGAAGAAGAGUACGAAUGCGACAUGCUGCUAACCAACGAACCACUGCCGAAGGGGAGCGCGUCACCUUGCAUCAGCGUUUUGAGGACCGCUAACCCGAAGAAGCUUGAGGAUGGUUCGUUCAUGGUUCCUUGCCAGUACAAGCAAAGAGUGGUUUUGGUUGAUUUAUUGAAGGAUAAUAGUGAAGAAGCUGUCCCCUUGCAUGGAAUGGGAAGGCUUAAACCGCGUCAGCCUCCAAACUGUCCCACUGCUUUGACUCUCCAGACCUCAACUUGCCUGGAAAGAAAGUAUCAGCAUCGACCGCCAAACGCGAGGAUACUCUUCUUCCACUCGAAGAUGGAUUGGGAGAAAGAGUGGUGGGAUUCGGAAGAUAACGAAGACCGACUCCAGAGACUUACCACCUGCCGCCGUCUUUGCUUUAUUUGCAAUCUGGCGAACCUUCUCGACAUUGCAGACUCAGAUCCGUUUAAGACUCCCAUCCCUACUCUUGUUGUGUUGGACGGCACGACGUCAAAGUCGUCCGACGUACCGCGCCGCGCGCUUCGGGCUUGUCUGUCGUCCAUGAAGCCAGUCAAAUACGCUGUUAUGUGGCGGAGCAUGUACGUACGGACAUCCUCAGUCUCCGUGGACGUGGUGUAUAGUAUCAUGACCAUCUUUGGCAUCCGCAUCGACCCAUACCGCAAAGAUCGGGAACCCCAGUUCGUCUUCGACGACCUGGCACGCAAGACGGCGGCCCUAAAAAGAGUUAAUGUAUAA